GCUCCGUUUGGCAUCUUGAUUUGAUUAGCUUGGUUCCACAAUGGCACCUCCCAAACAAGGUGUAAAUGCCAGGAACGGAAAUAAUGUCUUCAGGGGUAGGGCGACUCAGAGAACGAGAUACAGAGGCGGCAGCUCCACAGCUCCCGAUCAAGAGAUAAAUGUAGAAGGUGGAGAAAACAUCUUUGAAGGAGAUUUCUCUCAGGAAGCUGAAGAAAUCGCCCCCGCCGGCGGAGGCAACAAUCCCAAUCAGCCGAUUAUUAUUAUCAUGCCCCCUGAUAAUGGAAGGCCUGUUCCAACGCCAGAUCCAUGGCCAACGCCAGAACCAAGGCCAACACCUAAUCCAGGCGGCCAUACGCCAGGUCAAAGCACGGUUUCAGUGCCUGGAGCAGGAAUGCAAACGGUUUGUCCAGCCUGUGGAAUCAUUUGGGCUAGGAAUAAUUCCAUGGCUAAUUACCAGACGCUGUUAAGAGGAGGCCAUGUAUACUCCUAAGUCCUAAGUCCUGAUCUAUAAUUUUUAAUAUUAUGUAUGUGUCCUUGGUCGGUCUUGAAUAAUGCAUGUCCUAAGUCCUAAUCUACUAUGUGUGUACUAUAUAUGCUUCCAUGUAUGGAGGAGCACUUUGAUUGAUUUCUGCGUCUUUCGACUUCUUCUCUUGUUCUUCCUCUUCCUGAGGGGUUGACCUUGUUGUAUUAAUUCUAUAAUUUGAAAGAUUAUUGUUGUGUGUUUC